AUGCGCAUCGGUCUGUUUGUUCUGCUGGUUUCCUUCAGCAUUUGUGCGGCACUUUAUUUCUUUGAAGACGACGACGGAAUCUAUAACGAAGAGGGCUGUGGAGAACGUCCUUUCGGUCCACGUUUGCGCUCACAAGGUGGAGAACUUGUAGAGAAAAAUGAGAUACCAUGGGCUGCUCUGCUCAAGAGGAAAGAACGAGAAGGCUACUGCAGCGGCACCCUGAUCACGAAACGACAUGUGUUAACAGCGGCGCACUGUUUCAAAGAAUGGAAAUAUAGAGAUACGAUCGAGACGAUCUUGGAAACAAUGAUUGGCAGUGAUUGCACAAGAUAUCCUUGUAAACAACAGAAGUUUCAUCGCGUGAAAAACGUUCGUGAAUUUUCCAUGUAA